GCAAAAGCACUGUUAUCAUGAAGGCAACACAGCUGUGCCAACUUGGUGUUAUCGUGCUAUAUAAACAAAACAGACAGAGCAGUGUGUGUGGGGAGAGGUGUACGUAACGAAUGUAUUGGAUACGUCUGUUUUGUUGGUCUAUGUCCUAUAAAGUAUAGCGUUUGGUGAAUCGUGCACAACUGUGUGGACUCAGUGUUUUCUUCGGAGCCGCUACCCUGAGCAUAGUACUCCAACAGAAGCGCUACCUGAGGGACUCUCCAGAAGAGCCAAAAGAGCCUUGAGUCGGGCUUGGAGAGGUCCACAUGGGGAACACGGGAAGCAGGGAUGACUUUGAGUGGGUCUACACCGAUCAACCACACACAGACAGAAGGAGAGAGAUCCUGGCUUGGACAUCUGGCAUUUCUUACUCCAUAUAUGGUAAGAGCCUGGAUUCAAGAUGGCUGCGAGACACCAAAUAUCCUGAGAUAAAGAAGCUGAUGGGCCCUGAUCCCAACUUGAAGUGGGUGGUGACCCUCAUGGUUCUAACUCAGGUGGUGGCCUGCUACCUGGUGAAGGACUUGCCAUGGAAGUGGGUCGUCUUCUGGGCCUAUGCCUUUGGGGUCUGCAUCAACAUCUCCAUCAUGUCGGCCAUCCACGACAUCUCCCACAAUGUGGCCUUUGGCAACAAGAAAACGAAGUGGAAUCGCUUCUUUGGCAUCUUUGCCAACCUGCCCAUUGGUCUCCCUUUGGCCACCUCCUUCAAGAAGUACCAUGUUGACCACCACAGCUUCUUGGGGGUGGAUGGGCUGGACAUUGGCCUCCCCACUGAAUUUGAGGGCCGCUUCUUCAACACCACACUGCGGAAGGUCUUCUGGAUCCUUCUGCACCCAAUCUUGUACAUGUCACGGACUUUUUACAUCAACCCCAAGCCCUUCUCCCAAAUGGAACUCGCCAACAUUGCCGUUCAGCUGGCCUAUGACCUUCUCAUCUACCACCUCUGGGGAGCCAAGUCCAUACUCUAUAUGGUUGCUGGCACCGUCUUGGCCAUGUGCCUUCACCCCACCACGGGGGUAUUUAUUGCCGACCACUACAUGUAUGCCAAAGGUCACGACACCAUCUCCUACUACGGGGCCUUGAACUGGAUCACCUUCAACUUGGGCUACCACAUGGAGCACCACGAUUUCCCCAGUAUUCCAGGAAGCAAGUUACCUCUGGUGAAGAAAAUUGCCCCCGAGUAUUACGACAACCUUCCCUACCACAGUUCCUGGGCACUUGUGCUUCGGGACUUUGUUUUCAAAGAGACGCUGGGACCCUUCGCCCAUGUGAAGAGAACCUAUAAGGGGGGCAGCACCUUAUGAAGCAGGGAGGCACUGCUGGUGCCCCUCCCUCCCUCUCCCACCAGCCAAGCCUCCAGUUCUUCUCCUACUCCAAUGAAGGGGGAAUGGGUGUAGUGAAAUUAGGCACAGCUUGGGAAUUAUAGUACAUGCAGUGUUAAUUUGAUACAGUAUAGAAUGGGUUAACCUGAUCUAACAUAGAACUAGAAAAACAAAAUUCUUCAAGGUGCCUGUGAAGGCCAGAUGUUCUGCUAGCUUGUUCAUCCCAUGUAACAAGUUACUAUUCAAGUAGAUAGUGCCUGGAAUGUAUCGUGUCAAGAGGAGGAGGUAGGAACAGCACGGAUGAGCGCUCAAGGCCAGGACGCUGGCUCAAUGCAAGACAAAGAAGCCUGGGAAAAGUUACAGACAAGAUGGGAGGGGCUGUGUUAGGAGGGCUUGAGAGCAUAUAUCACUUGAGACCUUUGUAAUCAUGCUUUAGACGGGUUUUUCAGGCACGAGCCGGAUAACCUGCUCUCCUUUUGCAAAAGUUAUUAGUAAUCAAUAAAAGUGUUGACUUA